AGUACCAUACUGGUGGGGUGUACGUUUCUACAUAUUAAAAGCCUUAUGUAUCGUACGAAAGAGUCAGUUUUCAAUUAAUCCUUGCAAUAAGUAGUUUGAUAAUUCUUCUCCUGUCCAAGUCUGACACAACCGGCAUCGGCUCAAUAAACGCUGAAAAUCAUAAUCCAGUCGUCGACUUUCGAAGAACAUUCUUUGACCGUCUAUACUAUAAAUACGUGCUUGCAACAUGAUCUCGUGCCGUGUUUUCAUAAAUCAUCUGUCGAUUACUUUAGUCAUAGCUUUAAAUACAUAUCUGAUCGCAGGUGUGCAGCCUGAGCUUAAAUUAGUAAAUGUGGUAUUUAGACACGGUGAUCGAACGCCUGAUAAUAAUGGUCGUGAAAUGUUUCCGAAGGAUCCAUAUAUAAAUUAUUCUUUUUAUCCAACAGGUCUCGGACAGUUGACUAUAGAGGGUAAGAGACGGGAGUAUAAGUUGGGUCAAAUCUUACGCUUUAGAUAUAAUAAUUUCCUGGGCAGUCUAUACAAGCCAAAAGUUGUCGUAGCUCGUAGCUCAGAUUUCGACAGGACAAAAGUGUCCUUGCAACUUGUUCUUACUGGCUUGUUUCCACCGACAGGUGUCCAACGAUGGAAUUCUCGUUUAAAUUGGCAACCAAUUCCAACAUCAUACGUACCACGUGUCGAUGACAACCUCAUCCUAAGUGACGAGUGUCCACAAUACCUCAAUGAGUAUAAUCGAGUAUUGAACUUGCCUGAAGUGCAAGCAAAGAUAUAUCAAUUCAGAGAUUUAAUGAGCAAUUUGACAAAGCUAACUGGCAAGAAAAUGAAGACACUCUUCGAUUUGUAUUUUCUUUAUCAAACUUUUGUAGCGGAAUCUUCCUUAGGAUUGCCGCUUCCCGAGUGGGCGUAUAACUACUUCCCUUAUGGUCCAUUAUUUGACGGAAUCGUGGCCAUGUAUGAUAUUACUAAUUUCACUUCUUUAUUAAGGAGGCUAUUUGCUGGUCCGUUGAUUCGUGCCAUAACAGACAAUAUGAUAAUCGCGCAAAAUAUAAAUUCGCCAGACACAAAGAUUUAUUUAUAUAGUGGACAUGAGAGCAACAUUGCGAGUUUGUUACAAGCUUUCGGCGUGUACGAGCCUCAUGUACCCGAAUAUUCCAGCGCAAUUAUUAUGGAAUUGCAAGAGAUCAACAAAGAAUAUUAUGUUAAGCUGCUGUAUUAUCGAGGCAUUCCGCCAACUAUCAAGGAACUGAAAAUCCCAGAUUGCGAUGUGCUCUGUCCUUUCGACAAGUAUUUGGAUCUAAUUGAAGAUUUGAUUCCGUCCGACGACGAGAUGAUUUGCGACAAAAGACAGACACCGGAUUUUGCCGACGUAGAAUAUCCUGCCGGUUUGCAGAGAAUCAUGUACAAUUUGAUUAAGUCAUCAGCAAUGGAUAGAUACUACUUCAAAUUAGGUAUCAGCAACAUGAUAUCGUAUUGCAUUCUCGACAAUUAUUUGUCGAUAGUAGUAGUCAUCGGUCUAAACACAAUUCGGAUCGCGAGUACACAGCCUGAAUUGAAAUUAGUUAAUGUGGUAUUUAGACAUGGCGAUCGAACACCUGAUAAUAACGGUUAUGAAAUGUUUCCCACUGAUCCAUAUGUAAAUAAUUCAUUCUUUCCGAUAGGACUCGGUCAAUUGACUAAUCAAGGCAAGAAACGCGAAUAUGAAUUGGGACAAGUCUUACGCAGCAGAUAUAAAGACUUCCUAGGUGAUUUAUAUCAGCCAAACUUGGUAGUGGGUCACAGUUCAGAUUACGAUAGAACAAAAAUGUCUUUGCAACUCGUUCUCGCUGCCUUGUUUUCACCUAUAGAUACUCGACAGCGAUGGAACGCUGAUUUAAAUUGGCAACCAAUUCCGACGAUGUAUAUUCCACGUAUCGAUGACACUUUAUUUCUGUCCGAAGAAUGUCCACAAUUUCUCGACGAGUACAAUCGCAUACUGAAUUUGCCCGAAAUAAAAAAGGAGAUGUUUCGAUUUAAGGACAUGUCGAAUAAAUUGACGGAGUUGACGGAUAAGAAUAUCGAAACGCCUCUAGAUUGGUAUUAUUUGUAUCAUACUUUCACAUCGGAAUCGUUCAUGAAUUUAACUCUUCCCAAAUGGGCGCAUGAUUACUUCCCUGAUGGCUCAUUGUUUGAUGCAAUAGUACUCACAUAUAAGAUUUGUAAUUUUACACCUUUAAUAAGAAGGAUUUACAUCGGCCCGAUGAUUCGCAUAAUAUUAGACAAUAUGAUAGCCAAAAAAAAUAUGAAUCCAUCGGAUACAAAGAUUUAUUUAUAUAGUGGUCACGAGAGUAAUAUCGCAGCGAUGUUGCACGCAUUUAACUUGUAUAAGCCUCAUGUACCUGAAUACUCUAGCGCGGUUAUUUUAGAAUUAUUACAACAGAACAAGCAGUAUUACGUGAAGUUUUUACAUUACCUGGGUAUUCCGCCGAUCAUCGACGAGCUUCAGAUCCCAGAUUGUGAAAUACUCUGUCCUUUUGACAAGUUCUCGGAUCUAAUUCAGGAUCUGAUUCCAUCCGACGAAGAAAUAGUUUGCGAUAAGAGGCAAACUCCGAAUUACGCUAACAUGGAAUAUCCUGUUACAUUACAGAGCAUGAUGUACAAUUUAAUAAAGGAAAAUCAAUUUUUGUAAAAACCCAAUACAGCAAUAACGCAUAGUACCAAUUGUUGGAAUGUUAUACAUCAUAAAAUAUUUUAAAUAUCUAUAAUUCUAUUUAUAUUUAAUAAAAAAUGGUAUUGCCGCGUUUCUCUGAUACAAUAUGUGUGAACAGUUUAGUGUAUUAAUGUAGUUAUGCUUCUUGCGGAGAAGGCAUUGCAAAUGUUAUAUUUCUAAAAAAAAAUAUAAUUUUUAUUUAUUUCUUUGA